AUGUCCCACAACGAACGAGAACCAUUCCCAAAACCCGGGCUAAAGCUUGCCUCCUCGACUACCUCCUUCGUCUUACGGAUCCUCAACCACAUAAGAAAUCGAACUCCCUUCGCGGCCACCGAUCUAGUACCCUCUUCUGCGCACGGUACGUCACACACAGGUCCCACUCUGUUAAAGAGCCAUCACCGUCACCAGAUCCCCAUGCCAUUAACACCACUUGUUGCUUACGCUCUUACGCCAAUGAAGAUCAGCCCGAGCGCUUGUCCCUGCGCGAUUUGA